AAAUACCUCCGACUUCCAGGAAGAUAACGCCAACGCAAUCCUCUCGUUCUCAAACAAAACUUUAUGCGAAGCAUCAUAAUUCAUUGGUAUGGGGUGUGAGUGUGUCUGAUCGUGAUAUGUCAGUUUCCUCUUGUGGACUACGCUGCUCCUCAAAUUCCACACAGCCAUGGCUGCCAAGAAGCUAUACGAUUCCUUCUCCAAGUCUCUGAUCGACGAGGUGCACCGAUGGGGUGCUAUGAAACAGAACGGCGUCAGCCUCCGUUACAUGUUGGAGUUCGGCUCCAAAUUCAGUGAACGUAAUCUCCUCCUUGGUGCUCAAUUUCUUCACAAGGAGCUCCCCAUAAGGAUUGCUAGGCGUGCCAUUGAGCUCGAGUCUCUUCCAUAUGGCUUAUCCGAAAAGCCUGCUAUCCUCAAAGUGCGAGAUUGGUACCUGGAUUCCUUUCGUGACCUUAGAUCCUUUCCUGAUAUUAAAGACAUGAACGACGAACAAGACUUCACAAAAAUGAUUAAUUUAAUCAAGGUGAGACACAAUAACGUUGUCCCUACCAUGGCUCUUGGUGUCCAACAGUUGAAGAAAGAUCUCAACCCAAAACUUGAUUACAAAGACCUCGAUGACAUUCACCAGUUUCUAGAUCGCUUUUACAUGUCAAGAAUUGGCAUUCGUAUGCUAAUUGGUCAACAUGUAGCACUGCAUGAACCAAAUCCCCCACCUGAUCGUAUUGGCUACAUACAUGCAAAAAUGUCUCCAGUAGAAGUAGCAAGGCAUGCUAGUGAAGAUGCAAGAUCUGUUUGUUUACGUGAGUAUGGCACUGCACCUGAUGUUAAAGUCUAUGGUGAUCCUGAUUUCACAUUCCCUUAUGUCCCUACGCAUUUGCAUUUGAUGGUGUUUGAGUUGGUUAAAAAUUCAUUGCGUGCUGUUGAAGAGCGAUUUAUGGAUUUGGAAAAACUCGCACCUCCUAUUCGGAUAAUAGUUGCUGAUGGGUUGGAAGAUGUUACAAUUAAGGUGUCUGACGAGGGAGGUGGGAUUCCAAGAAGCGGUCUGCCUAAGAUAUUUACAUACCUCUACAGUACGGCAAAAAAUCCACUUGAUGAGCGAUCGGAUCUUGGAACUGCAGAUAUAGCAACAAUGGCAGGUUAUGGUUAUGGGCUUCCUAUAAGUCGGUUAUAUGCUCGGUAUUUUGGAGGGGAUCUUCAAAUCAUCUCCAUGGAAGGCUACGGAACAGAUGCUUAUCUUCAUUUGUCUCGUUUGGGGGAUUCACAAGAACCACUUCCAUAAUAAGAAUAAUAAUAAUAAUCGAAUUUCUUGAAAGAUGUAAAUGAUUGAAAUGCAGAUGAAGAUAGAAGAGUAGUAGUCAUUCAAGAUGAUGUAUCUCUUUCAAACAUGUUGCUAUUGACUAUUCUAGUUAUCGAAUUUGAUCUUCAUGAAGAUCUUUCUUGUUUCCUUUGUAUGUAAGUAGACAUCAAAUUCCAUGAAGCCAUGGAUGGGUGACCUCUUCUUCUAGCAAGCAAAUGUCAUUUUUCUAUUUAUUGUAUACAAGACCUCCAACUUAAGAAUGAAAAUGACAUUUAUGUCUUUUGCAUA